AUGGAUACAAUCACCACCAGGCAUGGAUACUACUACAAACCUCAUCUCAAAACGUUCGGUCGUUGGUUUUCUAAUAAGCACAAGACCAAAUCUCGGUCGUCUCUUUUCAAAGAGCUUGCAGAUGAGUCUGGAGAUGAAUACGAGGAUGAUGGCUCGUUCAUGUCAUCAGAGAUGGAUCCUUGCAUUUCAAUCAAUGAAUUGAGGAUAUUUGUGGCUACUUGGAAUGUUGCUGGAAGAUCUCCAGGUGGGAGUUUGGUUGUCGAUUUGGAUGAAUGGCUAAAUGUUAAAGAGUCUGCCGACAUCUAUGUUCUUGGAUUUCAAGAAAUCGUACCGCUGAAAGCUAAAAACGUCAUUGGAGGAGAAGAUUUAACUGCAGCGACGAACUGGAACCUACUUAUAGGACAAAUACUGAACGAUAGAUGUGGAAUAUCAACAGCAAGCCUAGAAGAAGACGAAGAAGAAGGGCUUAAUCACUGUGGAAGGUACACACUAAUAGCAAGCAAGAAGAUGGUUGGAGUGUUCAUAAGUGUAUGGAUAAACACAUCAUUGUUCAAGAGGUACAGCAUAUCAAGUGUAAAAGUGAGUGCUGUAGCUUGUGGGGCUAUGGGUUAUUUGGGAAACAAAGGUUCGGUGGCUGUUAGCAUGUCAAUUGAAAGAACUAGCUUUUGUUUUAUUGCUGCUCAUCUGGCUUCUGGAGAGAAGAAAGGGGAUGAAGGGAGGAGAAAUCAACAAGUUUCUGAGAUUUUCAAGCGAACAACUUUUCCUCGACACUUUCGAGAUAAAUGCAUUCCUCGGCCUCUUACAAUUCUAGGACAUGACCAAAUAUUUUGGUUCGGAGACCUCAAUUACAGGUUAUACUUGGAGAAUGAUUUAGCUAGGGAGCUGAUAAAGAAGCAAGAUUGGACAGCACUUCAAGAGUUUGAUCAGUUACGACAAGAGCUGGGAGAUGGUGGAGUGUUUCAAGGGUGGAGAGAAGGAAACAUAGAAUUUGCACCUACUUAUAAGUAUUCCAAAUAUAAUAGGAAUCGGUACUCUGGUACACAACCUAGCAGAGCAGGAGAAAAGCAAAGGACACCAGCAUGGUGUGACAGGAUCUUAUGGUAUGGAAAAGGAGUAAAGCAACAUUCUUAUUUCCGUAGUGAGAGCAAGUUCUCAGAUCACAGGCCAGUAUCUGCUCUUUUCUCCACACAGAUUGAAGUCAUCAAGUCAGGUGAAGCAACAGUGGUUUCGCUCCAACCUGAUGUACCCACUACGGUUUCCUCUAAACAUACUGAACAAGAGAUAUGUAACAUAGAGGCUUCACCAACAUUGAUUUCGCUAAAUACCAAAGAGUUAGACGCGUCACCAUUAGACAAAAAAGGUUGCAGAAGAAGCAAAAGGUUGUGA